CUCAUCAUGACAGCGACGAUCUCCUUUGUUGUAGAAAGUUCGCCAGCUGCUCUUAGCAGAUCACAGCAUCUUCGAUCGAGCUCAUGCCGAUCCCCGUCCCCUUGAUCUCUUUCUGUUUCUUAGCCUUUUCCGCAACGGUAGUUCUUUUGUAAAGCAAAUAAAAUAUUUGGAUCUACAUCACCGCCUCAUGACAGCAGUCGUUUUCGAGUUGAUAGGAUAGCACUUUGAAUUAUUUUUCGAAGCAUUUACUUACAAAGCAAUCAUGUUUGCUACCGCUGCUUCAUCCUCCAGCAGUAGCAGUAGUUCUGUCUUUCCAGGCACGGGCUCUUGCGCGCAAUCUUCCUGCGAUCAUGCUGGGCAAAACACGGCAGUGUCUUGCGGCGGUGGUGCACCUGCUUCUCCGUCCGGUGGCACAACCGCGCAACAGACCCUGUUCCACUCCCCCUACACGAAGUAUUUUCUGAAGCGAAGUAGGCACAGAAGCAACGGUAGUUCGAACAAUUCAAGCGGCGCACAACAAGAGCUACAGUUCGACCACCGGCGUCGAGAGCAGGUGCCUAACCAGGAAAUUUGGGAGAUUUUUCUGUCGGAGAAGUACCAGCAGCUAAAUUUCUCGCCGCAGCAGCUCCAACCGCCGCUGGCCAGCUUCCAGUUGAUCGACCCGACGCGCAUCGGCGAGGGCUGUUUCUUCCGCGCUGUCGGUGCCGGCGUGAUGGGCUACGGGCUGGGCAUCCUGUUGGGCGGCUUCUUCCACAGCAUGCAGCCCGUGGACCUGUCCUACGGGCAUCUCUCCACUGCGGAGCAGAUCCGCAUGAGCUACAAGGGUAUCAAAUGCAAAAAGGUCUGGGUCUGGAAUGUUGCCAGGUUUGUCAUGCAUAUUUUGCAUGACCACCGGAAUGUCUGUAAUACACGACCUAGCAUCACAGAUUUUUAGAGGGCUUCCUGAUGCCUACUCCGCAUGACAAAUGCCCUCCCGGCGUAGCACAAACUAGACUCCUCUUGCUGGUCAUGCAAUACAAAUUUGUUUAGAGUCCAAAAACAGCUUGACAAGUUGCAAUCUUCCAGACCCAGACACUUUUGCAUUUGAUAAAGGGCUUCGGCGCCAGCUGCAAGCGCAUGGGCCGGAACUUUGCGAAGGUGGGCAUGGUGUACUCAACCACAGAAUGUUAUGGAUGUGUCAGGAUCGAAAUCGACAAAAUCGAAAAAUUUGUAAUGCGUAAAAUGUAGCGUAGGGCAAGUAAGGCCUGUGUUGGGGAGUAGGCAAAUGAGACCGAUUGCAAGCCUGAUUAGGGGAAGGCGAUGCGCUGCCGGAGCAGCACGCCAGGAGCAGUCUUCUUUGCCCAAACAGCAUGACAGACUGGAUUUUGGUGCUCCCGAAAUUUGUCAUGCGCCACUUAGAAACUGAGGCUCCAAGUGGUAUCGAUUUUAUGGAUCACAAAUUAUUUCGAUUUUGUUGAUUUCGAUUCUGACACUCCCAUAAAUGCCUCAUCGAAAAGGAGCGCGGCUGCAAGGAGCUGAUCAAUGCCGUUUACGCGGGCUGCGCCACCGGUGGCUUCCUCGCGUUCCAGUCCGGGCCCGCGGGCAUGGCGACGGGGUGUCUCGGGUUCGCGGCUUUCUCGCUCGCCAUCGAACAGUUGAUGGGCAACCAUGCUUGAGUAAAACGAGAGACGAUUAUAGGUGGAGAAUUGAUGCACUCUAACAUGAAAUGAUGGACGCGCCAUAAAACUCUUGUCUAAAUCCAAGAUCUUCCAAGCGACACAAUCAGAAUCACGACGAGGCGACACAAUCACAAAUCUUCGGACCAAGCAAAGAACGAUAAUGACUGGCUUGAAAAUUAUGUCGACAAGCAGCUUGUAGCCGUGUUGAUCCG